GACCCUAUCCAGGCGCUAACCUGUGGCUUUCUCCGCAGUUCACAGCCAAGCAGCUGGAGAAGCUCGCCAAAAAAGCCGAGAAAGACUCCAAGGCUGAGCAAGCCAAAGUCAAAAAGGCCCUUCAGCAGAAGAACGUGGAAUGCGCUCGCGUCUACGCGGAGAAUGCCAUCCGCAAGAAGAACGAGGGGCUUAACUGGCUUCGCAUGUCAUCCCGGGUGGAUGCGGUGGCCUCCAAGGUCCAGACAGCAGUGACGAUGAAGGGGGUGACGAAAAACAUGGCGCAGGUGACCAAGGCCUUAGACAAGGCUCUGAGCUCCAUGGACCUGCAGAAGGUGUCUGCGGUGAUGGAUAAAUUCGAGCAGCAGGUUCAGAAUUUGGAUGUUCACACGUCGGUGAUGGAGGACUCCAUGAGCUCCGCCACCACGCUGACCACGCCGCAGGAGCAGGUGGACAGUCUCAUCGUCCAGAUUGCGGAGGAGAACGGCCUGGAGAUCAUGGACCAGCUCAACCAGCUCCCCGAGGGCGCUUCGGCGGUGGGGGAGAGCUCUGUCCGCUCCCAGGAAGACCAGCUCUCACGGAGGUUUGUUCUCUCCUGGGUCCUUUGCCUUGUGUCGAGGCAGCUGGAGUCCUUCCCAGGGAUCCCGUGCCAUAUGAAGGGAAUGAGUUAG